CCCCCAUUCAUUUUAAAUUAUUUUAAAUUAGAUUUUUUUUCCUUUUUUUAAUUUUUUUUCCCUUUGGUUGAAUUUCCAUAUGCAGAGGCAUCGGAAACAGAGAGUGAAAGAUGAAGGAGGAGAAUGCAGGAGGAGAUCAGAACGGUGCAAAAAUGGCGAACAAAAUCGAUGCCCUCGUUUAUAUGUGGGGUUAUCUUCCUGGAGCCUUACCGGAUAAAUCCCUUUUGCUCUCGCCGGAGCCGGUACGGCUUCCGGGUUCGAUCGAUGGUGGGGAUUCAUGGAAGGAAGUCUGCGGCGGUGGUUGUGGAUUCGCUAUGGCUAUUUCAGAUUCGGGAAAGUUAAUUACGUGGGGUGCGGCCGAUGAGGAAGGUCAAAUUUAUCUGACUUCGGGAAAACAUGGGGAGAUUCCUGAGGCGUUCCCUUUUCCAACUGAGGAUUUGGUCGUGAAGGCUGUUGCCGGUUGGGCUCAUUGUGUCUCAGUUACAGAGGCUGGUGAAGUGUACACAUGGGGUUGGAGCGAGUGCAUUCCCUCCAUGAAAACAUUGCGAGAUUUGGCCAUUGGAGGAGGUUUGUUGAAGGAUUCUACAGGGAAACAAAGUCUACCUACAACUGAGCAAGUAGCUGGACCUCAAGAUUCGAACGGAGUUGAUAGAAUGGACUCCCAACUUGACAACAAAAGGGUUGGAGAGGAAACUGUGAAGCGAAGAAAAAUGAAUUCAGUUAAGGAAGAUACUGAAAUUUCAAGUCCAGGGGAUGAGCUAUUUACUGCAUUACCUUGUCUUGUAAAUUUUGGGCCUGGAGUGAAGAUUGCUGCAGUUGCAGCUGGUGGACGCCACACUUUAGCACUAUCAGAUAUGGGACAGGUGUGGGGUUGGGGGCAUGGAGGUGAAGGACAAUUAGGUUUGGGUACUCGGGUGAAGAUGGUAUCUUCCCCUCAUAUCAUACCUUGCAUUGAAUUGCCUACUUCUGCUAAAGAUAGGUCUUCAGUAAUUUAUCAAGGAUCCAAUGCUGCUGCUGGUAAAGUGCUCGGAAAUUAUGUGAAGGGGAUUGCUUGCGGAGGUCGCCAUAGCGUCGUAGUGACAGAUACUGGUGCAUUGCUUACUUUUGGAUGGGGACUAUAUGGACAGUGUGGGCAAGGGAACACCAAUGAUCUACUGAGACCGACAUGUGUGUCUUCUUUAUCGGCUACCCCAGUGGAAAGCAUUUCUGCUGGGUUAUGGCACACUGUUUGUAUUACUGCUGAAGGCCUUGUCUAUGCCUUUGGGGGCAACCAGUUUGGACAGUUGGGAACUGGUACUGACCAGGGUGAGACUACACCAAGGCUUUUGGAUGCUCCAGUCUUGGAAGGUAAGCGUGCAAAAGGGGUUUCUUGUGGCGCUCGACACAAUGUUGUACUAACAGAUGAUGGCCAGUUAUUUUCUUGGGGCUGGAAUAAAUAUGGCCAGCUUGGUCUGGGAGAUUCAAUCGAUCGCAACAUACCAUCUAAGGUAUCCAUUGAUGGAUGUUUACCACGAAAUAUUGCUUGUGGUUGGUGGCACACGCUCAUGUUGGCUGAAGCUGAACCAAAGUAAUUGUUGAAAGUUGUCUAUACAAAGGAAGUAGAACUGCGUAGGUAUAUCAUCUGGUUAAUGUUUUUUUUUUUUUUUUUGAGUAUCACCAAGUGUCUGAACAUCAUUUGUUUGUUUAGUCUCAUUAGUUGAGUAGCAGUGGAUAUCAAACUUGCAUUCUCAGUUUUACAUUGUUCAGUACUUCAGUUUAGGACAUAGUCAGAUGUUGUUACUGCUUUUACUAUUUUAAAAUAGUAAGGACAUGAACAUUCAAUCUUUGCAAUUAGUACCCGAAUGGCUUUAAUCUCUUGCCAUGAUCAUUGUUAUGGCAUGAGAUUGGAAGACUAGUUUUGAUUCCAUAUACAAAAUCUCAAUUCCUUUC